GCACUAAAAGAAGCGGGAGCGCUGCGAGCGGCCUAGCCGAGAACAAUUGUUCGUCUUCUUCCGGCGUCCAUUAUACGCGCGUUCUCCUGUUCGUGUCGGUACGUCGCGAGUAUUUCAACAAUUUCUGCAGAGACACUCUCUGGCGUCAUGGACGGCUCACCAACCGGCAGAGGAGGAUUUCGCGGUCGUGGAGGACCCGGCGGACCGCCGAUGAGGGGACGCGGUGGAUUCGGAGACAGAGGACGAGGUGGACCCCCUAGGGGUGGUAUGAUGCGAGGCGGCCGAGGAGGAGGUCCUGGCGGACCAGGAGGGAUGCGGGGUGGACCCCCUGGCAUGAGAGGCAGAGGCGGGCCACCUGGUCGAGGAGGACGUGGCGGACACUUUCCCCCAGGAGGUCCACCAGAUGUGGGAAUGGUGGCAGGUCCAGGAGGUGGCCCUCCUCCGCCAGGCAUGGCAGGUCCCCCCAGGGGAGGUCGAGGCGGUGGCGGAGUCGGUGGCUUCCGAGGUGGGAGAGGAAGAGGCGACUUUGGUAGAGGUGACAUGCGUGGCGGUGGUGGAGGUUUCAGAGGACGCGGAGGCGGCAUGGACCGCGGAGGUGGUAGGGGAGGUGGCCGUGGGGGUGGUGGUCCCCCAAGAGGCGGUCCAGGCGGCAGAGGUGGGUUUGGAGAUCGAGGUGGUAGAGGAGGCAUCGGCGGCAGAGGAGGCGCGAUCAAGCGAGGUGGUGGCCCGAUGGGAGCUGGUGGGCCAGCAAAGAGGCCCAGGUUCGAUCAGGCUCCGUCGCAGAAUUCAAAUGGCUAUUCUGCCCCACCAAAUAACCAGGGUUACGGCAGUGGUGGACCACCCGGCAACGGCUACUCUCAGCAGCAGCUGCCGCCGCAACAACAACAGCAACAACCACAGCCAGGAGGUGGAGGAUACGGUGGAUACUCAGCGCAGCAGGGACCCUACGCUCAGCCUUAUUCUGGCUACGAGAGCUAUCAGCAGGCACCUGACUACGCCCAGCCUACCGGAUACGCAGCGCCAGCACCUACGGACGGAAGGUAUGGCGGAGCACCCAACGUACCACCUGCAGCCGCCUACAACUCGGCUGACCCCUAUAGCUAUGGAAAAGCAUCUGCACCGGGUGACCCGUACGCAGCCGGUUACCAGCAGGGGGCUGCAGCGGGUGCGGCAGCUGGGGGUGGCGGUUACGCCCCUGCCAACCCCUAUGAUGACCGAUCCUCUAACGCCACCACCGCAACAACCGGGGGUGGCUACUCUACGCAGUCCUACGACUAUCCGAGUCAAGAUGGCGGGUAUGGGAAACAGCAGGACUAUGGUGGCAGUGCUGGUUACCAAAACGCCCAGUCUCAGCGACGCUAUUAAUUAUUACCAAUUCAACUAUUUAAAGUGUAAAUGUUAGAUACGAGAUUUUUUUUUCCCAAAAUUAUCCGAUCCGUAUGUUGUUCAAGCGUGCGACAAACCCUUGUUUAUUUGUUUUUAUUUGCUCUAUUUUAACAUUAAAAAACAGAACGAAGGAAUCGUCAGUAAUGAUAGGUUUUAUACAAUCGAAACGUUUUUUUGUUAAGACGCUUCAGAACCAACCAUUCUGGGAGUUGAAAAAUGAACAGUUCUCCUCCCCCCUUUCUCCUCGAUAUUUUAUGCAUGUAAUGCUUACGAUUGUUUACUUGUGAGACAUACUCUAUUGAACGAUACAGUAUACACAUAAGUGAAACACAGGUAUCGUCGCACUCUUGAAAAACGACGGUGUUACUGGUGCAAGAAAUAAUUUUGUGCUAGGAAUUCUCAACUAGGAUUCGAAGUAACCAGAAAAAUGAUACAAAG